GGGACAGGCAGCACGAGACUGCCACCAUCGAGGUGGCUGCUGUGUUUUUGUCCUGGGAGGAACAUUCCCCCGGACAGCUAAAGAGGGGCAGACUGGCUGCUGCUAAUGGACGAUGACAACACUACGAACGAAUCGGCGGGUUACCAUGGAAACGUAACCUACGUUUGGGGCUGAAGAGACAAACAACACGUGAAGAGACGAACGACCAUCAUCUUCUCUGAUGGAGUUUCCCCAGCAUUCCCAGCAGCUCCUGUCAGCACUGCGGUCCCAGCGCCAGCGGGGCUUCCUGUGUGACUGCACGGUCCUGGUGGGCUCAGCGCGCUUCCUGGCUCAUCGGGCCGUCCUGGCUUCCUGCUCGCCUUUCUUCCACAUGUUCUACUCAGACUCUCCGAUGGGAAAUGGAGCCAGCAGCUCAGUCACACUCGACAGUGACAUUGUCACGUCCGCCGCGUUUGGCUUACUCUUGGACUUCGUUUACGAAGGUGUGCUUCAGCUGGAGGAGUCUCCUCCUGUGGAGGACAUACUGGCAGCGGCGAGCUUUCUCCACAUGAACGAGGUGGUGCGAGUGUGUAAGAGGCGGCUGCACAAGCGAGGUCCACUGGCCGAGGCUGACAGUACGCGCUCUGAAGAGAACACUGGCUUGAAAAGGGCAACAGAGACGCAGAGGGAGGGUGGGAGUGAUGGAGCCGAGCCCAUGGCGAACAAGGCAGGACACUCUAAUCCUGUAACCACAGCAGUGCCCCUCCUGUCAGUGUCUGCAGUGGGAGAGAGGGGUCAGGUGGAGUCCGUGAAGUCUGAACAAAGAAGUGGGGAGUCGUUAAAGUCUGUUCAGACCCCUCUGAGCCCUGACCUCGCUGAUACCACCCAACCGGGCAUGGAUGUCCCUUUUCUUCCUCCGGGGAGUGAACUGAUGCAGGGCGUCAUCACAGGGCUGUCUGGUGGAGGUCACCCAGGGGCCCAGAGAGAGGGGUCAGCGCUCUGCAGUCCCGUCAGCACUACAGAGUCAUACAGCCACGUUACUAAUCAGCAGCCAUCAUCCUCCUCAUCUUCGUCCUUGGUCCCAGUGAGUAAGGCUGGCAGUCGGUCACUGGCUGCUCUUCCUCAGUCAGAGUCCAGCCUUUCUUCCAGCGCGCAGCAGGAUGAAGCCCAGAUGUCGCUUGAUGACUCCAUUAGGGAGGGACAAAGGAUGUUCAUGUUAAUUCAAACGCCAGCUCCAACCUCUCACAUACAAACAAACUCAACAUUCUCUGAACCCCACCGUGCGCCUCCUCAAAUUCGCAUUCAGAAUGCGGUCUCACUCCAAGGCCAGAGCAUCAGUGUAGCCCCAGAUCCUCCUCAGACCCGACUACUGGUCAGACCGCAGACUAACAUCGGUAGAAAUGGAAGAUCUCAUUCUCAUGUUGGCGUCGUGGGGACAGACAGUAAAGAAGAGAAUGUGAGCAUCAAAGUAGAAGCAAUUGUUAUAUCUGAUGAAGAACAAGAGAUGGAGAAAGAGGAGAGUGAAGAGGGAGCGGCCAUGAUGGAUAUAAAUGAUGAGUUUGAAGAUGACAUUGAGGAGAAGGAGCUCAGCAGCUCUGAUUUUCUCAGCUCUAACCAGCAGCGCCUCUUACAGCUGGCGUCGCAUUCACAGGACUACACCUUCCCUCUGUCCCCCUCCUCUUCCUCCCCCGGCGCCGGAGCGUCGUCCCAGGACGCUUCCCCCUUCGCCAUCUCCCUCAUGUCUCCGUCCACGUCUCAGCAGCAGCCGGACCAUCCCAACUACUUCCAGACCUUCCAGGACUCGGUGGGGAACUUUGUGGAGGACGUCCCGACGUGCGGCGUCUGCGGGAAGACCUUCUCGUGCUCGUACACCCUGAGGCGCCACGCCAUCGUGCACACCCGCGAGCGGCCCUACGAGUGUCGGUACUGCUACCGCAGCUACACGCAGUCGGGCGACCUGUACAGACACAUACGCAAGUCGCACGACCACACUCUGCCCGCCAAGCGCAGCAAGACGGACAUCGAGUCGUCGCUCCUGCAGCAGACGCCACCAGCACAGCUGCCGCAGCCACCGGCAGCUCCGCUGCCGACACCGCAACCAAAACCGUCACAGCAGCCGCCGCCUCCACCACCUCUUAGCUAGAACGGACAUUUUAUAUAUAGGAAAUAGUUUUAGCUGUAAACAAAAACCCUAGUUCUAUCUUUAAAUAAAGUAGGUCUGCACAUCUUUGAAUUGUUUUCUCAAGCAGUCCAGUAAUCCUGAUGGACCCACAAGGACCGUGUAGUUUUGUGGAGCAUGUUCUAAACAUAGGAUUCGAGAUAAUCAUUACUUGAAAACAUGACAAAAACCUCAGCCAGCCAGUUUUUUAAAAAAAUGUCAAGUGUUUUGAUCAAAAUUUGAAAAAUGUGCCCACUCAUUCAAAAUAUUCAUGAAAUACUCAGAGAUGCUCACUGACUUUCAAAAAUUAAUUCAGAGAAUGCGAUAAAUUACUUUGCAUGUUUAAACGUGUCCAAUCAUGGUAAUUUAUUCUUAACGAUUGUCUGAAACGCCUCACAUUUAAAAAUAUUUACUGUCAUUCAGAAGGAAUUAUUCAGGAAGUUUGUGACAAAUCGGUCUGCUUUACUCUGCGCCCUCACAGGACCUGGUCAAAAAAGGAAAAUAAGGAGAAAAUGAAAUAUUUGUGAAAAAUACUACAAACAUUUGAACUUAUAAAGCCCAAGGUGACUUUCUCAGUUGUUAUUUUUUCCGACAUGCAGUUCAAACAUUUCAAUCAGGUGGAGAUGGAAAUUGCUCACCUUGAAAGGGUCAAAAGGAAAUAAUUGCAUUCAUUGAAAUCGAAAUUAAUUUUAAUACCAGGAGCGAAAGUAAUGUCUCGUCUUUUGAAUUCUUCCAGUGUGACUGCAUAAUAAUACCGUAAAAAAAUUUAAUAAUUUCCUGAUAGGCGUAAAACUCAUAUAAACAAGGCCAUGGGAAGUAGCAGAGCUGAAGGUGCUGCAGCAUAAAACCUGCAUCAUUAUCAAAAUACUCCAACAUAGACUGUUUACAUGUCGAUAUCUGAAAAAUCCCCUUAUUAGAAUCAGAUUUUUUUGGUCAAGUUUGUACAAAAAAAAACAAAAAAACAAGGAAUCUGACUCCUGUGUAUCGUCACUGGGUACAAAAAGAUACUUAAUACUGAAAAUUAA